AUGAAGGUGGCUUUGGAAGAAGCGUAUCUUAGGUUGAGGAAUAUAUUUUCCUGGGAUCAAGACGAUGACAAUUUGUCCGAUGAAGACGACAGCAGUUCUAUCGACACAGAUAGGGGUACCACAACACUAAAGCCACCACCUUCAGAGAGUGACGACCCCCAACUUACUGACCACUCGUCGGAGCAGAGCGACGCUCUGAACUGGUGGAUUGGGGAAACAGUUCGCCUGGGUCGAGCAACCGACGAGUUCUGGGACGAUCUCAAGAACCCAGCCUCAGCCAUCGAGAAAACAAGGACGGCUCAAGAUUUAGAAGCCUGGGGUGCCGAACAAAGGCUUGUACAUAAAUCUUGGGAACACUUCUUCUGGUAUUUUGUAGAGGAAGCAAAGAGGGUUAAGCUCCACGACUGGGCCUAUGCAAAUGGCUUUUAUCGGGCAUAA